AACUGACCUUGAAAGCACUCAUCAUGCUGAGUAAAUAGAUAAACUAUGUGAAAAUGUGAAAAAAUGAUGACGUUUACGCUACUAUAUACAUAUAAAGGCAACAUUUAGAAAUCAUUUCAAGAUAUAAAAGCUAAAAGGACAACAAACACUAAAGAUUAACAACUUGUCGCCAUCUUAAUAGUACAAUGUCAUGAGUACAUAUAAAAGUAUAUAGCAUUAUAUCUCAUCAGUGUGCUCAAGCGUUACAAAAGGUAACUACGCACACAAGGUGUAGAGAUUUAGAACUGCUCAACUAAUAACAAUGACAACACAAGGCAUUUGGAAUGUGUCCUUGAUGAUGCUGGUGAUGUUUUUGCUACACCUUCAGGGGAUUGUAUGUCCAGCAGGUGGCACCACUGAACUAGACUUAAGCAAUAGGAAUCUCCAUGUAUUGAGUGACGGAAUGUUCAAUGAGUACCCAAAUCUUGAAGUUCUCAUACUUUUUGAUAAUUACAUAGAUGCAAUACAACCUGGUGCAUUCUCUGGCUUAACGUCAUUGGAAACGUUAUACCUGAGUGGCAAUCAACUUAGAACAUUGAAGGAGAAUAUGUUCAGAGGUUUGAAUUCAUUAAAAACUCUAGAAAUUGAGGCCAAUGUUAUAUCAGAGAUGGAACCAGGAGCAUUUUCUGGAUUACAAUCGUUGGAAACAUUAAACUUGAGUGGGAAUAAGCUGACAAUAUUGAAAAACGGUGUGCUAAGGAAUCUAACCUCCCUGAAAACAUUAACUAUUAGAAGCAAUGAUAUAUCAAUGGUACAAUCUGGAACAUUUUCGGACUUAAGAUCUUUGAAAAUGUUAUAUUUGUCUUACAAUGAUCUAUCAAACCUAACAAAUAAAAUGUUUGACGGUUUGAUCUCCUUGAAAACUCUUGCCCUUAGCAGUAAUACAAUAUCACAAGUAGAACCUGAGUCAUUUGAUGGUUUACCCACUUUGGAACGCUUAGAGCUGAAUAACAAUAAGUUUACCCGAAUGACAGGCAUGUUCAGACAGCUGACCACUUUGACGAGCCUUUCCCUUUCCGGCAAUGAAAUAUCAGAAAUAGACUCUCGGGCAUUUUCAGGUUUGGUUUCAUUAGAAAGUCUAUACCUCAGAGCAAACAAACUUACAAAAUUGACAAAUGAGAUGUUCAGCAGUUUGACUAAUUUAACAACCUUUUUGGAUCUGGACAGUAAUGUAAUAGAAGAUAUUGAAUCUGGUGCAUUUUCUGGCUUACAAUCAUUGAAAAAACUAGACCUUGGCGUCAACAAACUUAAAACAUUAACCCAAAACAUGUUCAGUAGUUUGGUAUCACUGACAUAUCUUGAUAUAUACAACAAUGAUAUAUCAGAAAUAAAAACAGGUGCAUUUUCUGGUCUGAAAUCUUUAGGUAAUUUAAUCCUACGUCACAAUAAACUUUCAAUUUUGACCAAGCAAAUGUUCAAAAGUUUGACCUCUUUGACGAGUCUCUUUUGAAUAUAAUGACAUCUCAGAGAUAGAGGUUGGGGCAUUUUCUGGCUUGCGUUCUUUAGAAUAUAUAUCCUUGACUCAAAAUAAAGUUAAAAUAUUAUUUAAGAACAUGUUCAGUGGCUUGAAGUCCCUAACACAGCUUGUUUUUCACCAGAAUAGAAUAUCCAGCAUUGAGCCGGGUGCAUUGUCGAGACUGCGAUCCUUAGAAAGAUUAUACCUAAAUUACAAUAAGCUUACAAUUUUGAAAGAAGGGAUGUUUGAUAGACUGAGCUCUUUGAAAUAUCUGUAUAUUGAAAACAAUGAGGUAUCAUUUAUAGAGUCUGGUACAUUUAAGGCUAAUGACGAGCUCACUGACCUUAUACUAAGGGGCAAUAAGCUAAAUUAAGUACCAAGCAAUAUAUGCUGGCACUUGCCAAAUUUGACUUAUUUACGGUUAGAUCAGAAUCAGAUCAGUGAUGUACCACCUGAAUCCCUUAAUGAUGUACAGGAAUUAAGGAGAGGCUACUGCUUGACCAUUACAUCUACUAAAUAGACAACUACCCAAACAACCUAUCAACUAGAAAAUUGCAACACCAAGGAGUAGCAAAUCCCAACGAAGAAAAUAUCCAUGAAUCUGUAUAUGUCUGAUCAAAUAUUUACCAUCUACUCUAACCCUUGAUUUGUAGGACAGACAUGUAAUUAAAUGUAACCAUACUAUGAAGAGAUCUUUAAAUUAUAGCAAAUUACCACUUUAGGCAGCCAUUUUGAAUUUUCGGAGCCACGAAUCUUAAAAACAAUACCAUAAUUGGCCCCUGGGGGUCAGGCUGAAAAACAUGUAAAAUAAAUAGAUGUUGAGAUUUUUCGAAAUUCCUACCAUUUUUCAAGCUGCAGCCAUCUUGAAUGAUUUUUUGCGUAAAACUAUUCACCAAAAUACAUCUUUCCACCUUAUAUGAAGCAAAUCUGUUCAUUUGUAUUUGAAUUAUCUUCUGGAUGGAUGGACUGACUGACUGACAGAUAGACGGAGGGCUUCACAAAAACAUAGAAUUAACCUCUUCUAUGCUUUCCAACCCCAUAAUCAGCAGUGUAUAAUGAAACAC